AUGAGUACCAGCACUUCCGUCUCGGGUAGAUCCCCAAGGAUCUUAUCCUGUGUCCUGUGCCAGAAGCGCAAGAUAAAAUGCGACAAACGGACACCCUGCACGAACUGCGAAAAGGGCGGCAAUACCUGUGUUCCCUCGACUCCAGCUCCACCGCGGAAGCGAAGGCGCAUGAACGAGGUGCUCCUAGAGAGGCUAGCAAAAUGCGAAGCCUUGUUGAAGCAGUAUGAAUCCGCGCCACCUCCAAACGGAAGCGGUACCUCGACCUCCCAGUCCACUCCGUAUGAUCACGCCACCGGUGACACAGAGGCGUCUCAAAGUGCCUCUGAUUGUUCUGAAGAGGAAAAUGUCGACGUGAAAGUCUCUCCGGCAUCAAAACCGAUUGGUUCAUUCGUAGUCGAAGGGGGUAACGCAAAGUAUGUCGACUCAUUCCCAUGGGCUACUAUCCAAGGACAGUUGAAGUCAAUUCGUCAGAUAUUGGAAGAUGAGGAAGGCAGCCCGAGUGAGGCAGACUCUUGCAUGCCGCCUCAGCUAGAAAAGAAUCUUCUCGACGACAUCACUCUCAUCAACCUCGAAACCGUCACUCCUUCUCCGGCUCAAAUCUUUUGGCUGUGGAACAUCUUCUUAGAGAGAGUCAACCCGCUGACCAAGCUCAUUCACGUGCCAAGCAUGCAGCAGUUCGUGGUCGAAGCUUCAGGGCGCCAUUCCAGUAUCCCCAUGAACUCGCAAGCUUUGCUCUUCUCUAUCUACCUAAUAUCUACAGUUACUUUGACAGAGUCGGAGUCUCUGGAAAUGCUUCAUAUGUCUCGGGAUGAAGCCCUUCACAAGUUCACUUUAGGUACGAAAGGAGCAUUGUACCGGGCAAAGUUCUUGGAGACAUUCGAUACGACGAUUCUAAAAGCCUUGGUCCUCUUUCUAGAGUCACGCCACGGUCGCACCAGCCGCCACACAACCUGGAUUCUCAGUGGUGUCAUGGUCAGAAUGGCUCUCAAACUAGGCCUCCACCGAGAUGGCAGCUCCCUAGACAUCACACCCUUCGAGGCCGAGAUGAGAAGACGCCUAUGGUGGCGUAUUAUGAUAUCAGAGACGAAAUAUUCCCUUGCGUCAGGUUACGGCGAGCCUUUGAAAAUCAAAGAGUGCGACACCCAGCUCCCGCACAACGUGAACGAUGCCGAUCUUUACCCAUCUUUCAUGGAGCCGGUUCAGUCCCGCCAAGCCCCAACAGAGAUGGCGUUGUGCUUGUUACUCUAUCACUUCUGUCAAUUUGCUAUUGAGACUCGCAUCACCGACCUGCACACGCUGUCACAUGGGUUCGGGGCAGAAAAGUCGCAGGCGAGAGAUCACGCCCUAACAACCUACAAGGAUAUGGUUCAAAACCUCAACGCCCAGCUGCUGGUGAGCAACUACAUCGACCCUUCAGUCAGCGGGGUGCAUCUGGUGGCGGAUAAGAUUCGAUCCUGUAUUGUCGGAGACUUGAUGGCAAUCAUGGUCCCCAUGCACGACCUGCCCGAAUGGGGCACAGAGAUAUUCAGUCCUGAAGACAAUCUGUUCAGAAUUUGCCUCACCCACUUCGAGCAUCAUUUCGAUAUGUACGAGCAAAUCAAGGACACGAACUUCCUGUGGUUUUCCAAAGUCCAGUUUGAGAACGACGCAAUGCUAUACAUCGCCAGUCAGCUCCAGAACCGUGCUCAGGGGUCGUUGGUCGAUCGCUCUUGGAAGCUCCUUGAAUGUGCGUACCGCUGGCACACAGAGUUAUGGGACAUGUCCGUGAAGGACAACGUCACUCUGGGCCUGGCUAUUCUAAGGGCCUGGCGCCAGCGAGAGAGGAAUAUAGGAACAUCAGGAUUAUCUGGCGAUGUACCUUCGAUCAUUCAUAAGCUCCACGCAGUUGUGCCCCAAACCAACCCAUCCCCGAUACCGCCAGUAUCGACAUUACCUCAACCACAGCACACGCUGCCCUCAUCUCAAGCGGCGUAUCUCGACACAGCCUGGAUCGUUGACCAGCUCUCAAGCUAUCAACUCGAGGGAUCAGCGUUUGACCUAGACCAGCUACACUGGCAUCAAAACUGA